AUUAUUUUCGUUUGGUCCUCUAAUAUCAGUGCAUUCAAAGCCAGAGUGGUCACAGUCAAAGUGAUUCUUGGCCAUCUUCUUCCUCAUAAUCACCAAGAAGAUGACGUUUCCCAAGAUGGAGACAUAUUUCGUCCUCAGAGCAGCUUUGGUGGCCUGGUGAAUAGGAAUGCCUGCCCAAAUACCGAGACCAGAGAUAAUGGAUGAAGAUCAGUUAAUGAAAGAUGCCUUGGAUAAGUUUGUCAAUUGUCAUGAGCAAACAUAUGAAGAAUUUCUGAGCACUUUUACUUAUCUUUCAAAAGAGGAUGUGACCAAAAAGGGAGCACAUGGAACUGACACAUCAGAAAAUAUAUUUACUCCUGAAAUAUGGACUCAUAAAAAUGAAUCAAACGGUCGUCAUUUUAGAAAUUCAACCCUCUUUCUUUAUACUUCAUCUGAACGCUCAGAAGAGGACCAGAUAGUGAUCGACGAAGGCCAGAAAGUUGGUAGCUCCUUUCAAGGUGAUAUGACCCGGGCUGGAAAGGUGAAGGUAGACAACUUCCUAGACUUGGAGGAUCUGGACUUGGAGGAAGAAAGUGAGCCCCAGAUGAACGAGGAUCGGCUGCUCCUUCCAGGUGAAGUGGAACAGGCUGUGGUCACCAGUGUCGCUGCUUCUGCUCCCUCUGGGGACCUGCCUCUCACCUCUGAGGCGGAGCCAAAGCCCGCCAUGGGAAGAACACAGAAGCAAACUGAAGAGAUACUUGGAGAUGAAGUUCAGCCCUUCUCUCUGGAUGAAGAGUUUGAUUAUGACAAUGUGACUCUCACUCCGAAGUUUACUGCUGAAGAGAUAGCAACCAUGCAAGAUCUGUCCAAGCAAAAGAGAGCGGAUACCAAUACAGACUCAUGCGAGCUCCCUGACUGAGUUAAUAGAUGUCUUUGUGUUUAGUUUUAUUUUGUUCAUACUUCAGCAACAUUAGAAUAAAGCGUAUGCUGACCUACUCCC